GAGCCCCUGGAGCUGGGGGCUGCAGCCCGGCUCCGUUCUCCCAGCAAGAGCGGGGGAUUCAGGGAGCGCCGAGAAGUGCGUGCUGUAGUGCCGGGGGAGCUGAAAGGGCCUGGGGGAGACUUUCACUCCGCUGUAGCAAAGCUGACAUAUGGCUGGGCAGGACCCGGCUGGCCCCGCUGCCCGGCCCUUUUCAGGGGUUGGUGUUAGGGCUGGGGAUUAGCCUGUCUUUUCCCUGAGCAAUAGCGCGCAUGGGUCUUCCUUGGGAGCACCGCCAGCGCGGAGAGGCAGAGGCGUCAAGGGGGGAUUUUGUGAGUAAGGUGGUGCAUCUUUUGGAAGAGACGGCAAAAAUGUAUAUUUAUUAGGAUUUUCUUCGGGGUUGAUGAACACUUGAAGAAAAAUCCUUUUGCGGUGCCACUUUGAUUUGGAGCGUUGGCUGCUUUAUUCACAUCAGGAUCUGGAAAAAUAAGUUAUUCCUAAGCAUGAAAAUAGAAGUACAGUUACCUGCUGUCAUUUCUUGCAUUUUGUGAAACACAGCUGCAAAAGCCAGGGCCACUUUAGUUGGAAAUCUAUGGAGAGGCUCGUGUGCUGUCCAGUGGGCCCCUCGGUGGCUGAUUUGCAGCUGUGGGUCAGCUGCUGGUGUAAAAUAAAGCGAAUCUGCCCAUUUUAUCUCCAUCCGGGGGGGAAAGGCUGUCAGCUUCUUCAGCCGAACUUCAGUGCAGCACGCCAGAGCUGUUGCGUGUGGCAGCGUGUGCUCAGACAAAUCCGAGGCUCUCGGGAGCAGGGAAAUCCAGGCUUUUUCAUCUGGUGCCUGGUGCAGUCAUCAGGGUGACUCUCCCUGCCGUCAGUGAGUGCUGGAUUUUGCCACUCGAGAAUGCACUAUUGCUCAAACAGCGGUGGGAGAGGGCUUGGCUGCCCCAAACACCAGUUUUGUAUUUGCGUCUCUCAAAUGAGUGAGCACUUGCAAUGUGUGUGAGUUCAAACAACGCUUUCUAGCUUUUUUUCAUUCUGAUCAUUUUAGGCAUGCAUCUGCACGAGUGAAGGUUCCUGUGUCUUAUGGACUUCUCACAGGGUACAAAAUUGACAGAGGCACUUCAGUUUGCAUCUAAGGGCACAGGAAGCUUUCACAUGGUAAAACAAACUAUAAAAACGAAUUAUGUUUUCAAAUGAUUGCUACAGAAAUUAGCCAGCUGAUUUAGCAGGGGAAAUUGAAACUAGCCCUUUCUGGCUGAAGUUAAAAUGCAUGCCUUUGGCAUAAUAGGAUGGCAUCUUUGGGCUCUCAUAUAACAUCGUGAACCAGGUGGUGGUAGAGAGAGGAGGAGGAUUAGGAGUUUGUGCUGCUGGACAGGUAUCCAAGAGCGUUUCCUUCGGAAUCCUUCCAUUGUUCAGGCAAGUAUUGCAGCAUCCAAUGUAACAGCUCUAGAUAUUCCUCCUCUCGUGACUGAUCCUGCUUCCAUUUAAGUUGGUAGCAGCAGCCACCCACUCCUUUUCUGCAGGAACUGGAUUGGACUGCUGAACAAACGAAGCUAGACUUUGUGCAUAUUAAAAUGCUGCUUUGAUUUUUGUGUCAAGCUGAUUUCUUUUUCUCUGAAGCUGAUUGGAAACAAACAAAAAGAAACCUGAUAGCCAUAGGUCCCUCAGGUUUUGUCUUAAAGUGUGUUAAAUACAUCUCUAGGUGCUGAUUUAUUAAGAGUUGUAAUUGUGUUUCUUUAUACACCUGCUCUUUUUUAAUGGGAAAGAUGAAAUAAAGAUUUUCACAGGGGAAAUAAUAACAUAAAUAUACCAAGUGCUCAAAUUGUCUGCCUGAGAGGCAUCAAGGACUUUGAGAUAAUGUCCUAAUAGCAAGGAAGCACUCAAACUUCAUAUUCAAAAUUUAUUUUUUUAGCUUCCAUGAAGUACAGCAGAUUUUAUGCAGUAUCUAGUUUGAAGGAUUUUGCCAUCAUUCACACAAGCUGCUUUUUGUUUUUCAAUAAAUAUUUCAUUGGGAAAACAUUUUUUUUAGGAACUCUGACUUUUUUCACACUGAUGUAAAGCACUCCUGGCACAGUUCAUCUCUGGCAGUGCUAACACUAGACAGAUGAUCCAAAGUAUUUGUGACUAUUUUUGCUUUUAUGUAACAUCUUAAAAGUGUAAUCUGUCAAACAAGGAGAAGGCAGUACUUUGAAAGUGCGAGUAGUCUUCUGGUGAUCUACUUCUCAUAAGGGCCAGGUAGCAAGAGAGACACCUCCUUUUAACUCAGCUCUGUAGUGUAACUGGCUCACAAGGAGACAGCUCCAGUUGCAGUGGUUCCUAAACAUGCGCACGAAUCCUUGCCAGAAAUAGCAGCUUUCAGUUACCAAGUCCAAAGAUCAGGAGUGUUUCAAAGGAGAGAGCAAGGUUCAGCUUCAAUGUAAGCAGGUUGGCACUAAGCAGAGAUCUUUAGUCUUGAUGAAUCUUUUGCUAAUUAGUGGUUUGUGGAAGAUGAAAUUUGCCAAUCUGAGCACAGCACUCAUUUUCUUCAGGGGUAUAUAAUUGCAUGUUUUCUGCCACUUCUUUUGAUUUCUAAACUUUCAUCAGUUAGAGAAACUGCUGUCAUGAAGAGGUGCCUGUUUUCUGUAAACAGAGAGACUCUCAACAUGCGUUAGUUCUUUAAUUCUUUUAUAAACAGAGUCAAUUUUUGUGUUUGCUGUAGUAGAGGCUUCAGGUUUGUUCAGCAUUACCAAUGCAAACACUAUAACAAAAAUAAGAUAACAAUGCUCGGCUGUUCAACACGAGUGGGGAAGGCAAGGCCUGUGAAUGCUGUGCUAACACUGCUCCUGGGUGUGCUGAAGUGUAGCCCAAGCUGAGGUCCAAAGCAAACGUGUGGCUGGGAGGCAGCAGAGGUUGAGUGGGAGAAACAGGCUUGUGUGUGUCACAGCAGGGUCCUGCCCUGUCUCUUGGCUGUGUGGGUAUUACACUGUGUGUCACUGUGCAGAGCACAAACUGCACUGCCACCAUGUCUGCCUCCCCGAUGGCUCCUGUGAGCGUGUCAGAUGCUGGCUGUCAUUGCUGAGCGGCCAGGAGGAGCUGUGAAGAUGUGCUGGCUGGGACAUUCCUGCAGCACAAAGGGGAUUUUCGGGGUGGGGAAGGCCUGAUGCGACGGGCAUUUCCAAGGGAGAGUUGGGGCAGUCUCCAGGGGUGAGGGGUGCAGCCUCAGAGCCUUCAGAAAGGGCUUUAAGCUCUGACUGGGGGUGGGAAGGCUUGGAAGGACCGAAGAAACUGGUAAGUCACCAGAGAGCAAGUUUUUGGUUUUCAUGUGUCCCUUCUUUGAGGGUGGAGGCUCAUCUAGCUCAGGUGAGACAGCAACCACCACCACAUCAGAGUGACACUGGAUUCAGGCUGCUGCAGUGAAAUUAAAGCCAUGCUCAGAGCCCUGCAUUAGGCCAGGUCAGACCGCUGCUCUUCGAGUGAGGGGCCAUGUUUGGUACCCUCCUCAGCUUGGUGCAUAAAAUCAGAGGGAUUGCCAUAGGACUGAAGUUCCCAACCUGUAUAACAUGAUCAGUGUUUUGAGUACCAUUGGUUUUAAAUUUCUCCUUAAUAUCACAAAUUUCACCUUAAUAUCACCCUGGAAUUGAGUUUUAAGUGGCAUUGAAUGACAUGACUCUCUGUGUAAUUAUUAGGAGCCAAAACCUGUUUACUUUGCUUGCACACCAGUAAGGUGUAAAAGCAAAGUAAACAGUUUGUUUUCAGUGAAGUUGGAAUAAAAAUGGAAUUCUUGGUAUGGAAUACAGAGAGAAGAGUUCAAACAUGGGUUGUUUUCUUUUAAUGUAAUAUUGAAAACUGGGUAGUAUAUGGAAGUAGCAGAAAAAAGAAGUUCCCUUUUUCAAGGAGUCCUGAAUUUGUGGAAAGAUCUAAACUUGCCCUAAUACUUCCUCAGAUGUAACAAUUAAAACUGUUUUUCUUGAUCCCAGGUUUUCCACCCCGGAAACCCUUGUACUGUUUGAGCCACACUCACCUUUAAUGGAAAUGUGACAAGUAUUGGCUGUUUUCAUACAGUUACUUAUAGUAGCCUCUAACAUUAGUCUUAAAAAGCCCUCCUGUCGUGCCAGGCAGGCAAUAAGGUUGAGUGAACUGUGCUAUAGCAAGAACCACCCAUGAUUGGAGGUAAACUAUGCGGAUAUAUGUUGGGGUGGAGGUUGAAAGGAGCGUGGAGGGCAUAUUUGAAGCAGACUGUGCAACUGCUAUAGCAGGUCUGACUAGUUUGAGAUGCCUAAAGGCAGCUUUGUCUUAACUUCAGGUAGCUGCAAAAUGAAGUUUUAAGUUCUAAUUCAGAAGUACAUCAUCAUCAUCUUCCGGUGCCUCCACAAACUUUACUUUUCAUGUGUUUUUACAGGCACUCUUUCUCCUUGGAAAAAAGCCUUUAGUAGGUACACAUCCACGUGCAUGCAUAUCAUUUGCAUAUUUUUCAAAUAUGCAUUUCAUCAAGAUAGGAGACUAGCGUUUGUGUGCAAACCACAGUGUUUUUUUUGAACAGUGGUGGUUACGUUUUGCUUUCUCACUGCUCUGUGGGCCUUGUGUGAGACAAGCCACUCUAUUACAGCACUUUAGGCACGGCCUGAUUUGCUGUGGGUCGGGUCUCAUGCCUGCUCCUGGCCCUGUGUCAGAGCAGUGCCUUCAUCUUCAGGAGCCUGUGCUGUCGUCACAGGGAUUUUGGCCAGGAUUCUCACUCCCAUGGGGUCCAAUAACCUGCUUGGGUUACUCUGCUGGGACCUGGCUCCCCCUUUCCCCCUCCUGUUCCAUCUGCUUGGUGAAAUUGGCUCUUCUGAACAACCCUUCCACUUUCCUUCUCUAACUAAAGUGUUCCACAAAUAGCUUGUGAAUGAAUAGAAGAGAGAGAAUAUUUUCUCUGUGAGUGACACACAGUGUCAAGCUUCCUGUCGCUGCUCUGCUUCCCCUUGCUGGCAGGGGCACACACGUGAUGUGUGUGUGCUUGGAUGAGGACUUUAAUUGUGGGGAAAAUCAGUAUAAUACUAUCAUGGGUGAGGUGAGUGGGUUGUGCCUGACUGAAUAUGAAAUAAAGUUUCAGACAUUUCAUUUCCUGAGCUGUUCUCUUUCUGUAUUUUCCGCUCCUGAUUUCCAAAUUUUCUAAACUAAAUUUUAGUUUGUGGUUUAGUUAGUUUCUUCUGUGUUAAUUAACAUGUCCUAACCAUGCCUCAAAAUACAGGCUUAAUACAGACACAUGGUGUCAAAAUAUGCUGUUAAAAAUGUGCUUUCCUAUAAGUUUAAAUUAUUUACUUGUUAAAGUCUAAAUUACUCCACAUAGAAGAGACGUGGGUCCCAUGGUGGCUGUUUUAAAGAACAUCUCUUCUGUAUAGUACUUUUUGUUGUGAAAUCAAGCAGGUGCAAUGAAAAAUGGAAUCUCUUUUGUCUCUAACUCAUAGCUAUUACAGGUUGAGAAUAGCUCAAGGUUGGCCAAAGUUCCCUUUAGUCAGUUUUCAGAAGGAUCCUGUGUAGGACAUGGGAACACGUGUUUUAUUUCAACAAAUGCAUGAGCUUUAGUGCACUGGACUGAAAGGGCAGCAGUUAGCAUCUUCUCCAACAUCAUUUAACACCAUCUGAGCAAACUUUCUUGUCAAAUUUUAACUAUGUUUUAAAAAUUUGUUUUGUUUUCACUGGUGGGGGAGAAAUGUCCAACAGCUUUUUCACCUCUUUAAGAGAAGCUUGCAGGGUGAGUGGAUUCUUUUUCAUAGAAUGUAUUUGUUUGCAGGGUUGUGUUCCUUUUAUUUAAGUAAAAAUGUUGGAAACAACUCAUGUGCUUGUUAAGCUACUUCAAAAAAUGCCACGGAAACACCUUUCUUUUCUCCUAAUUCUCAGUAGUGCAAAACUGGGUAGCAAAUAAAAUUUGCAGGCCAGAAACUAAAAUGACUUGUCAUUGGUGGGAUUUGUAUGGUGCAUUUGCAGCAUAUAUUUCUUCAGAGGAUUUUUUUUUCCUUUCUCCUCUUCUUCUCUCCUGCCAUUUGCUGCUUUUCAGUUUGACUGUGAUAAUUUAUUCAACACUGUUUUCAGAGCAAUAACCUACUUUUUGGCAAACCAUUCAGUUCUUUCAAUAGUGUGGGGGUCCCUCCCUACCAUGUGUUUAUUAAGGGUCCAUGACAAGGGGGAAAAACAAGGUAUCUUCAGGGAGAAGAUGCUACGAUAGGAUUCAAACAAAGUAAUUAUACAUAGGUGAGAAAAACUCCCUUAUUAUACAUGAAGGGGUCUCUCCCUCAUGGGUGCACACCCAAUUCUCAUUAACCUUUGCAGGAAUUGCACAGGUCCAGUGGAGAUGGGUGUGCAGUGCUCAGUCCCUGCACACACUAAAAAUAAAAGGCAGCCCGUGCCACGUGCGUGCCAAUAGAGAUGUCGUGUUCAACACAACACAACACAACGGCGCCGUCAUCCAUUGUUCUGUGUGCAGGGGAGGAGGGGUGCACAGCCAGCCUGGCUGUUUCAUCAUUCUCCCUUAGAGCUGACCAGCAGCAUCUUGUCAUUAUAGGCGUGUAAUUUUAGCAGUGAAAAGGGAGUGAGUGUGUGUGUAUGUGUGUGUUUCUCGGCCUGUGUCACUUUCUGGUCGCUGUUCUAGGUCUUUCAGAUGAUUGUUUUGAAUUUCAUUUACAAGCGAGGUGUCUCUUUUUAGACAGCGCUUGAUCUGUGCCAGUGCCUGCUGGCUCUGCAGUGGGAAGGAAUGGAAGGCAGUCUUUGCUGCACUGGGCCCUGGAGCAGUACACAGCCAUCUUAAUUGCUGCUGUUCCUCCUCUUGAAGAGAUGGCUCUGGUUCUCCCAGCAUGGAGUUGUGUGCGCCGGCUCCAGCGUGGCUCCUUGCUCACUGACACGGGAAUUCAUGGUGUUGUGGUGCUGCCUGUGGGACCAGCAACCUCCUGCUUCCAUGCAAGGAGGCUCAGAGUGCAGCACUUGGGGGAAGAAACAGUGGUGUGGAGCAGGAAGAGCUGCUGGGCUGAUCCCAGGGAUGCUUGUGUGUAGAAGCCCUUGCAUUGGGUUGCCAUUGCCAAUGCACCCAUAUUUUUGGGUGCCAACAAGCAGAGUCUGCUGAAUAAUCAGCUAAUCCCGUAGUAAAGUCAGGGGAUCUGGCCCAGUGCUGUGCCUGGUUUGCUUUACUGCAGCUCUGAUUUCCUGCUGCUGAUGCUCAGGUGUGUAAAGCAGCUCCUGGUCCUUCAGCAGAUUGCUGAGCCCGUGUGUUCACAGCACAGUAGAACUCAAUUCACACUUGGCAGGCCUGGCUGCUUCUUUAACGCUGCUACAUGGAGACCCAAAUUUGAAAACAGCCUCAGCCUGGCUCUUUUUGGUGUCUCUCUGAAGCACAGAGCCCAGGUAAGCUGACCCCCAGGGAAGGAGGCUCCUGGUGGUGGCUCAGACACUGUUGUGAGUAGACCGUGUGUGCAGCCAUCCUGGGAAAGGAUGCAGAGGAGAUUUGGCACAGAGGUGGCCUGAGAUAAGGGCAGCUUUCCCAUCUCCUGGAAAAUCUCUCCCCCCUCAGUAGGUAGCCCUAACAAAGCAUCUUCUGGUGGUGGGAAGGGGGGACAGCUUCGCCCUGAUCUGGCUCAGAGCUGGUGGUUGGUGGUCAGCAGGGCCAGGCCUGUGAAGGGCUGUGGCAGGGUUGGCAGUCAUGGACAGUGUGAUUCCUAAAGCUUUCAGUUAAGGACGAGACCAAAAAAGGGCAGGCUGGGGGCUUGUUUGCAUCUUCUGGGCACUGUUUUAUAAGGAAGCACACGGGAAGUCCUGUCUGAAGCACAACAUGUGAGGAUUGACAUUUUGGCUUUGAGAUCUUUGAGUCAGAAAUCAGUUUCUGCUGGGCAAUCCAAACCUGUUCUGCUUUUUUCCAGUAAAGACUACCGCCUGCCUGUAUGUAAAUGUUAAAUAAAUGUUUUCCAACCCUGGUGUGUUACCCUGGUAUAUUCUCCCUCUUGCUUUGCACUGAAAAGGAAUUGUCAGAGUUGCACAGGGCUUUUGCUCUUGCCUUCAGCCUCACAGUGGUUUGCAGUGUGCCUUGCUGGCUUUCCAUGCUCACAACCUGUGCAGUCUUGUCCACCUUCUGGUUCUGCCAGGGCAGCCUUUAAUGCUUUAACAAGCUAACAAGUGCUCCUCUGAUUUAAACUUGCAUUAACUUCUGCUACCCUGAUAGAAUUCCUAAUAUUAUAAACACCCUUAAUAACAUGGCUAUAAUCUAGAAAACCUGCUGUCCUUUUUCCAAACAAUUACUUAAUGAGGCAGUAAUUUAUUCUAAGCUAUAUUUAUUGGAGCCCAUUCCAGCUUUAUCAGACGUAUCAGACGUGGUUGGAUGUGUGCAGUUAGUCAAAAACAUUAAAACUGCUCCACUUCUUCCAGGGGAACAUGUUACAUUUAGCAAACUGACAGCAUUAGAAACUGUUUCCAAUUUAAUAGAAGCAUAUGUUUCCUGCAAGGCUUAACACGCUGCAGAGUCAGAGAUUGCCUUCCACUGCGGCUUUGCCUUUUUUUAGCGUGGUGAAAAAGAGCUGCAAACUGAAGGCAGAAGUGGAGUUUGUGUUUCUGGUUGUUUUGCAGAGAUCCUUCUAGCAGGGCUUCGGCGGGCUGCAAGUUUAAGAAACUCUCAAGAAAGUGAUGUGGGCGGUGCACACAGAGCUCUCGCUCCAAAUGCAGUUUCUGAUCAUGAACAAACAGCGAGAGCUCGCUUUGCCCUCUGGGCCUCAAAUAGUACAGUAUGCAACAAGGGAGAGCAGGCAAGGCACGAGGAUGGAAACAGUAGGAUCAGAUUACAGUUUCAAAAUAUCGCUGGAACACGUUGGCUGGCGUUACACUAUUGACUGGCUUUAUAAUUGCAUUGCUUAUUUGCUAGGGAAGGCUUCACCUUACUUUCUGAUUAACGUGGGCACUCCUUCGGGGACCCGGGGACUCCGGGCUCUGAGUAUCAAAGGCAAACCCCGUGAGACCUGCACAACUUCAGAUGCUUCUCAAAUGAGAGUCUGAGCUUCCUCUGUUGUCUCCUGUUUGCCAGAGGUUUCCUUACACAGCCCCUAUUGAAGUUCUACUUAGAAUAGCCUCUAACAGUCACCCACUAUGGUUUUCCUCCUUAUUUUGAUUUUAACUGGAGAGGAGAAAAGACCCCUGUCACUCAGCUUGCUAGCUGCUCCUUGCUCAGUCUUCACUCUGUGUGAAGUGCCUGAAGCAGGGGGCUAAGGCUGUGUUUCUGCAGGGAGAGAGAAGCUGCCUGUCUUGCUAAAUGCAGCAAUGGGGUGCUGAGGAGCUUUACUUGCUUCUCUGUUUCUUCUGGAAGAGCUGAGGUUUACCCAUCCACCACAGGAGACGGGGAAGAGUUAGGUCCCUGUAAAAUAUGUGUGAGAAAUACCUGCCACUUAGAAUUACUGCUGGCACUGACAGCCUUGCAGUGAAGGCUUGCAAACAUAAAAACAAUCCCCUGUACUCUCUGGAAGCAGAGAGCUGCCCAGGAGGCCAAUUUUUUUAUAUACUCUAAAGGAGAGUUUUGUAAGUGCUUAUUAAACCUCACUCAGUUAAAAAAAAAAUUAAAAAGGGCAGCCAGAAUUAAUGUAAAAUGUGUCAGGGAAAACAAACCUUGUAAAUACAGAAUGUCUGAGCACUGGCCUGGAGAGGACAGAAACCCCUGCACAGCUCCAUUCCCCCUGCCUUUCUUCGGGGCUGGUGGGAUUUGUUUCCUAACUCCCAUGUGGCAUGAGACACAGUUCUUACCAGGCAGCGUUGUCAGGAGUCCUCUUUAGCCAGGCAGCAUGGAUGCAGUACACUCCAACGUGUGAAAAAGCAUCAGAUCCCGAGAAAGCAGCCUUGUGGGGAAAAAAAAAAAUAAAUUAAAGAACACUCCCCCCCUCCCCCAGCCCCCGUCCGGGCCGGUCGGUUCACACCCUGCAGGCAGCUGCAGCACAGCACAGGCAGCGGGGCCGUGCAGCUCCGCAUGGAACAGGCUGUCCCAGCUCGGGGAUGCUGCCGUGCCAGGCUUUAAACACUCCGGUGUCAGCAGAUGAAAUCCCCAAGGAGGGGCCAUUUCCACCCAGCUCUGGCUGCUGCCUGUGAAAGUCCAUGUUGCUCGUUCGCUCCAGCCCUGCAGUCAAACCUCGACACCUGGGCUGCUCAGCUUUCCCCCUUGUUUUGAGCGGGGCUGGGAGAACCUGCCAGGUUUAUACUGGCCUUCCCUCUGCUUUUCCUUUGUAACUCUCAAUGGGAGGAGGGUGCCAGUGCUCUCAGAUGUCUGCCUUCCACCUGCUGGGGCAGGUUUGCUGUGCUUGCCAGGAUCCCACUGGCCAAGGAGCAUCCUUCUGUAGUGGGUGAGCCCAUGGUCCUUCCCAAGGGGUCUUCUACAGAUGUGUCCGUUCUCUCUCUUGCUGUGGCCUUGGGGAUGUGGAAACUGGGACAGGGAGAGAGAGGUUUACUGGUUUGCCUCCCUAGCUCUAGGGGACAGAUACUUUGAAGUUGUGGAGACUGGUGACAAGUUCAGGUGGUCCCUCAGGCUGGGUCCUGCAGCACUGAAAUACCUCACAGCAGCUCAACCUACCUCUGUUAGCUCAGAGGGUCUUGCCAGUUGAACACAGUUGGCAUAAAAGGCCUUUUUAUUUUGGUCCUGCGGCUAUCUGUGCCAAAUCCUCAUUCUGCUGAAGUCAGUAACAAAACACCCAUUGACUACCAUUGAGCCAGGAUACAACCAAUGGACCCCUCAAGGAUGAGGAGUGAAGGAUGGAGGAGAGGAAAAUUGUAUUUCAUGUGCCAGAAGUGACACAGAAAGCACUUCCAUAAUUCACCGGAUAUAUGUUGGGGAAAGGAGGAAAGCGGAAGUUUGACGAGCAUGAAGAUGGGCUGGAAGGCAAAGUGGUGUCUCCCACUGACGGUCCCUCUAAGGUGUCUUACACCUUACAGCGUCAGACUAUCUUCAACAUUUCCCUUAUGAAACUUUAUAACCACAGGCCAUUAACCGAGCCAAGCUUGCAAAAGACAGUUUUAAUUAACAACAUGUUGAGGCGAAUCCAGGAAGAACUCAAACAAGAAGGCAGCUUGAGGCCCAUGUUUGUGGGCGCUUCGCAGCCUGCCGACCCUCUCAGCGACAACUUCCGCGAGGCGCAGCCGGCGUUCAGCCACCUGGCCUCGCCGCCCCUGCUCCCCGCCGACCUGGUAAGCACUAUGCCCCUGGAGUCCUGCCUCACCCCGGCCUCUCUGCUCGAGGACGACACUUUUUGCACUUCCCCGGCUGUCCAGCACGAUGGUCCGACGAAGCCACCACCUCCUGCUCUCCAGCCAGUAAAGGACAGCUUCUCCUCAGCCUUGGACGAAAUCGAGGAGCUUUGUCCAGCACCUACCUCCGCAGAGGCAGUAGCAGCUGAGCCGGCAGCCGGCGACUCGAAAGCCCAGCCCAGCGAGUCCAACAUCCACAAGCCCGAGGGCCUCCUGGAGAGCAGAACGGCUGAAUCCAAACUCAUGGACCCCCUGCCUGGCAACUUUGAGAUAACAGCUUCCACAGGUUUCCUCACAGACUUGACCCUGGAUGACAUUCUGUUCGCUGACAUUGAUACGUCCAUGUAUGAUUUUGACCCCUGCACAUCUGCCACGGGGGCUGCCUCAAAAAUGGCUCCUGUCUCAGCAGAUGAGCUCCUAAAAACUCUCGCUCCAUACAGCAGUCAGCCAGUAACUCCAAAUCAGCCUUUCAAAAUGGAUCUCACAGAACUGGAUCACAUCAUGGAGGUGCUUGUUGGGUCUUAAAAAUAUUAGAAAUAUAGCAACUUUUUUUUUGUCUUUUUUCUUUUUUUUUUUUUUUU